AUGUUGUUCGAGUCAGUCCAAAAUGGUGACCUCGACCGGGUACGCCACCUGUUGGACGGUGGUGCGGACGUUAAUGCGCGGGACGGCAAGUUCUUCAAUACGGCCCUCCACCGAGCCGUAUUUGCCCGCCGGAACCGGCUCGAGAUGAUGGCCCUACUCGUCGAACGGGGUGCCGACUGUAAUGCACUCAACAAAAAGCGCCUCACCGCGUCCGAACUCGCGCUCGAGAACCGGCUGCCGGAGGUAGCAAAGGAGUUGGUACGGUGCGAAACCCAACACCUGGACGACCAUCUCGCUUACUACCUGCUGAUACGGCGCGGCAAUCUGCAGCUGUUCGAGUACCUGAUCUCGAUCAAGCGGCUCCAGUACGAGGACGAAAUCUGCGUCAUUGCCCGGGCAUACGGUGAGCUACGGUUGCGGAACGUACCGCUCAACGAACCGAUGGAGUCGUACCUGAACGAGAUCCUGAUCAAUCACGACUACUGGUUGCGGAACCGGGUCCGCAGCGGAUGGACCGAUAGCCGGCGGGAAACGCUAUGCCGCUUAGAAGCGAUCGUCGCAAAUGUCCAGCAGCUGACCGGUGGCUACGACAGCCACAAUCUGACGGACGUGGACAGUCUGUUUCUUCUUCGGUUGUCCUACAUACUGGAGAAUCUUUUCUUCGUCCGCAACGCCUACAAACAGCUGCCGCUGCAUCACAUGGAAUUUUGUAUCGGCAUUUUUCUACACAUCUGGAAAAAUCCUCCCCGAUAUGACAUGUACAAAAUGCUGAUCGACAAACGCAAACUCCUACUCUACCUUGGAGCCGUUGCAAACGAACUGAAGAAAAUUCUCGCCCUACCAGGUAACGCCGCGCGCAAAACAUCCGUCACAUCCACCUCGCCAGAAGAAAGCAGUACCUCCGACGGAACCAGCCCUUCGAGCCUUAGUUUGGUGUGUCCAAAAUUCCCAAAAGCUUGCCUUAAGUUCCGCUGGACAAACGAGAGAAACCGGGAGCUUAUGUUCUGCCAUUACGUUGUCACUGGCGGCACGUGCGACGGUGAUCGGCCCAACUAUCGAGCCCGGUUACACGAACUGUGGCUAGAACGGCAACGAGCGCAGGAACCCCAGGGCUGCAUUGCCGAUGGCGAACAGCCUCCCUGGGACCUUACCGAACAGAACCUGCUCACGCAGCAGCGCAAAAUUGAGCGCGACCAGCUACUACCGGAGGAGAUCCGUCGACGCACCGAAACGGAUGCGAUUAGUUAUCGGUAUUAUAUGCGUACCAGCCUCCCAAAAGUGUCGGACAAAAAUCGUAAAGUGUUCCGUAAGAUGUCAAAGUGCUAUCGGCGCAUGCUGGAACUGCACGCCAUUAAUCGGGCACUCGGGUACAUCGACUCCGUAUCGGAGCUGGACUGGUCGUGCGAUCGGGAAAUUAAAACACUAGCAAUGAAGCGUGUGGUGCAGGUGGUUUGUGAAAGCAUCCGACACGGACGUGACACACCCAUUCUUACACGACAUCAAGAAUGUUUCGUUAAUGUGCUCACACCGCAACGAAUACUUGGUGACGCUCGGGUUCGUGACUAUCUCUCGCACUACCGACGGGGUAGUGAUUUGUUGGCUAUUCUAACCGCUAGUUGUCCGCAUGAGGAUGAUCGACGGGACCAUCUUCACAUCAACGAUGACUCGCCGGGCUGUGAGGAAUUGCAUCGCAAUCUCAAAAUUUUGCGCCAUUUGUUCCAGUAUGCACGGAACCUCCUGCAUAUACUGGCCAUCAAGACGCUAGUCAAUCGGUUGUACGACAGUAAAAGUCUGGAGGAGAUUAAGUCCUAUUACGCUUACCUUUUUCGUCACAAUCCGGUAGAACAUCUGGAGGAGCUAGAAUGUGCUCCAUUCACGUUGCUUGAGCUCGGUGUUUUGGUGGAUGCGAUCGAGGAAGAAUAUCACGGUGCGGGAGUUCCCUCGAACGAUCAUAUUCGGCGGAUACGAACGAAAAUCACCCAGGAAAUUCACAGUUAUAAGACGCUCCAUCAACACUUCAGCAACACGAUGCUCAUGGUGGAAGGUCUCAUAUCGAAGAUCAAAUCGAACCACAGCUACGAGAAAAUGCGUCAUAUCUUCCGGUCCCAUCUAAAAGUGUUAGAAACAUCCCAACGUAGCAUUGAUGUCCAGUUUUUGGUAGGCCUUCGCAGUGCUCUUCUCACAUACUUUUACGAUGAUCUCCCAGAGCUGCGGCAUCGGUGCGAACUGGAGCGAAGGGUAGCUCUGUUAGUAUGUCGCGUUUUGUACGCCAUUGACAGGAAGCUUUACCAACGGUCGUGUGCUUCUUGUGGACCUCAGACAGUGCAUCUUGCAGGUGGUGAUAAUUCGCUACUUUUAAAACGUCUCGAAGAAGCAACCGGUCAACAACUUUCAUACCUCAUCAAAGAUCCCAACUUUUGCAAACUUCAAGACCAUCCCGAAAAGCGCUACGAUCUGCUCCGACAGCUCCUGCGACGACACCGUGUCCUAUACAGUGCUAACCUGCUCGCUGACCUGCGCCGUGAUGAGGAACGUGAGACGGAGGAAAAAGUAGCCCAGCUGCAGAAGCUAUUCCUUGACCAAAACAUGAACAUGAAACCAUUCGAGCGGGUGGAUGAAAUUGCAUUCGAAAUGCUGAUGCUGGAAGCCACAAGCGCACUGUCGGCGAAGUUAGUCGACAACCGGGAGAGUCUCUGCAAUUAUUUACCAGUGCUGACGGGGCGAAAUUUGCGCAACUACCUCGCACACGGUCACAUCACGUACGAGAUACUGAUACCAAACACGGGACCGAAAACGAUCCUGCUCAAUGCGCUCAGCAUUAUCAAGCUGUCGAAGAACAUUAUUUCGGAGAUCUACGAUCGGCACGGUUGGGAUUUUGCGGAGAAACUCGCGCUGCUCAAGCACCAGGAAAGUAUACUCGGCGGUUUCCGGUAUCGAAACUGUAGCGAGAUUCGGGACACAAUUCGGAAGGAAGCGUAUCUGCUCGGCCGAAAUCAUCUCAACCACGGUAUAGUCGAUCACCUGGUACAGCACCAGAGUUGCAUGCUGCUGGGACACCUGCUGGACUUUGGUAAGAUGGACGAGUUUCUCAAACCGCUGUCCUACCUAAUGGAAAGCGUAAGUGCGAUAUCGUGCGGACGUCCACUGUACGACAUUCUGGCGGAUGUUCGGUCCCGUGUUGAGUUCUGCUACAGCUUGGCAAUGCUUAGCAACGAUGAGGAUAUCCUGUCGAAGAUUGUGGCCGAUUUCGGGUAUGGACAGAUCGAUGCCAUUCCAAUGGUGUUCAACUUUGAUCGGUUGUUUGCUAGCUUUCUUGAAACACACCCGGACUAUAACGUGAACGCGGAGAGUAAUGCGGAGAUACUGCACUACGCGGUGCUUUCCGGCAAUGUAGAGCUACUUAACUUGCUGCUGGAUCAGUGCCAUGACCUUAACCAGCGCGACGAAUGUGGUCAAACACCGCUCGAUGUGGCCUGCAAGCUGAGCAACGUGGAGAUGGUCAAGGCCCUGACGAAUGCGGGAGCCCGUUGGUACACUAACGGAGAGCACGGGUACAGCCAAUAUUCGUGGAUCUUUCUCAACAACGAUCAGGACGCGAUUGUGUUUCUCAAGAAUAACGAGUUGCUUAGUGCCAAAAUAGCCGGUGCCUGUGUCGACCUGUUCCUACAGUACUGCGACGAUAGCAAUGAGGAGAUCGUUGAGUUCAUGCUUGCCAAUGAGGCCGUGAAGUACGCGAGUAUCUACACAAAAGCCGUCACCUUUCGACGCCUAAACGUGUUACGGUUUCUGGUUGAAAGUGACCGGAAGGUGAAAAGUAACGUGAAUCGGAAGGAAGUGUCCGGACAGGGUCUUACGCCGUUACAGAUUGCCGCUCGCAAGGGGUACCCCGAUGUGACGCAGGUACUUCUUCAGCACGGUGCCAACGUUCUAUUGCGCGACGUAAACGGGAACAGUGCGCUGCAUUUUGCUGUUGAGUGUGGAUGUGUGAAAACGGUACGGUUACUUCUACGACACGGUGCCAGUUCAGGUGUAAGGAACUCGCUGGGGAAAAGCCCGUUAGAACUAGCGAUCGCAAGUGAACAUCGGAAGAUAUCUCGGAUGUUACUGCACAGUGGACAAAAGGUGGAAAGUAUAUCGCUACCGGAACGGUUACGAAAUCAGAGCAUUGUGAACGAGCUGUUGUUUGUGACCAAACCGUUUGAGUACUGUCUUUCACCCGCCGAUGUGUGUAGUGAUAGCUUUACGCCUUUGCAUCAUGCAAGGGAAGAGUGUACGAUACAGCAGCUACUCCAGUUUUACGAGGUAGAUGUGGCUAGUCCUCGGUACCGCACAACUCCACUCCAUUUGGCCUGCCUUUGCAACGAACCGCAGCGUGUGAAGGCUCUUCUCAAACAUGGCGCAAAUCCGAUGCUUUCCAAUGAGGAAGGAUGGACACCACUUCUGCUAGCGGUUAGCAAUCGCAGUAUAUCCAUUGUGGAGACGUUACUCAAACACGACACUUUCAACACGCAACCAACCAAUAGAGAAGAUCUCAACACUGUGCUAGCGAUUGCGAUCAGAAAGCAAUCAAUCGACAUUGCUAAUCUAUUGCUAGAGAUGGGAGCAUCGAUCGAUACGAUCGGUAAAACACAACAUCCACCCCAACAUCAACAUCCCCUUCAGCUGUUCUUCUGUGCUGCUCGCGAAGGUUACAACCGGAUAUUGGAGUACCUCCUGGAGAGUGCUCUGUUCGAUGUUAACACGAAGGAUACAAUCGGUUCUACCGCUCUGUUUCACGCCCUCUCGAGGGCACCACUCGCAACGCUAGACAUCUUGGUUCGACAUGGUGCAGACGUGGAGCACUGCAAUCAAUUCGGCCACAAUGUGCUCUCGAUCGCCGUCAUGAACAAUCGGCUGGAUGCGUUGCAGUACUUCGUUAACAACUUUCCCGCGCUGGUACACUUUCUCGAUGCGGUGGAAGCCGACACGAAGAAUUCCGUCCUUCACUUGGCCGUAUUGCGCGGGGCACUCGAUAUAGUGCAAUACUGCGUGAAGCUCCACCGGGUAGGAGGGGUCAGUUUGGACGCACAGAACAAGGAAGGCUUUACGGCGCUUCACAUCAGUGCGCAAACAGGGCAUGAAGCUAUCUUCGGGUACCUGCUCGGACACGGUGCCAACGCUACCAUACCCUCCGCCAAUGGGCAAUCCAUUCUGCACACGGCUAUCUGCAACCGGAACCUGUGCAUCGUGCAAUCCAUCCUACGGGCCGGAGUUUUAUCGCUCGAUCAAGAUCUCUUCGAUCACGAGCAACGCUCUCCGCUACACUAUGCCGUGUUUUCGCGCCAUGUUGCUGUCGUGCGUGAGAUACUGAAGCUUCCCAACCUGCCACUAAAUCACGUUGACGUGCGCGGCAACACAGCGCUCCAUCUGGCGGCGGAAUUCCAGUACGUCGAUAUCUACAAUUUGCUCCAAAAGCGCAUCGACAACGAGCGACGGAACGUGAACGGGAAGCGUGCCAUCGAUGUGCUGCUGCGCAAGUAAAUGUAUAUGUUAUUUAAAGUUGUACAGUUUGUUUCUACUUCCGUCUGUGAACUAUCUCAUCCACCGGUGGAAUGCUGGAAGACGAAUAGGAAAAUGUGUGUACAAGAAAUACCCUAAUGAAGGUGCAAUUAUUUGUUUUUGUACGAUCUACACCUGAUCGAGAUGCGCUUUGCGAGGCAUUGUGUAUAGAAAUUACUAACUCUACUAGCUAGUGGCAAUCACGCGAAAGAAAGCCUGUUGCAAGUUUGCCGCGUCUGUAUUGUGAGACUCUUCGUAACAAAUCGCCAUCGAGAAGAAGUAACCAUUCAGUGGGUACGAUCGCCAACUUGCGAUCGUAUCGCUAAAAUUAACUGCUUAAACUUACAACAAACGUUCUUUCCGCCAUUUUGUUUCCUUCGUCCUGUGUUUACACACUUGCGACCGUGAGGAGCACUGAAACGUGCUUGUGAAGAUAGUAAAAAUUGUAUUGUCUAUAUGGGAGGCAGCUAAGCAUUCUAAGCAAAUAUUACAUAUUUAAACGUGCAUAUGUGUAACGUACGUGUAUCGAACGGCAAUAAUGCGGUCCAGUUAAAUGCACGACAAACUCUCUAGCUAAAUGUAACAAACAGCCAAUGCGACAACACCGUUUGUACCAUUCAUUCGUCAUCAGCAAUCGUUUACUUACUUGUGUCAAACAAUCGUUUUCAACCCACGGUUAACAUGCAACGCAUGAGUGAAGGCGCGUAACGUUGGUCGACAGCCGGUAACAGAAUCACUAUUGCACCCGAUUAAAACCAUACUCACUAUAAUCCCAAACAGCAACUCCCUUGCUCUUGGGAAUCAACUCACAUAAAUGCAACCAUUAUCGUGUACGAUCGAGCCCACCCUUUUCCAGGCGAGUUAACCGAUGCCAACCGUCGCCAACAUGGCUACUGACUAUCGUCUGCCGUUCGAUUCCACAAGCGCAAUAGAUUUUAAGCAAACAAUCCACAAACUACUCGCCAGUAUGCAAUAGAACAUCUUCCCAAUAAGAACGAAGCCGCACACGCACACACAAACCAACACCAAACAGGCCAACAUCCUUAUAGGCACAAAUGAAAGGACUUCGUGUUUGAAAAUCGCCAGUCAAAAUCGCAGCACAAACCGAUGACCUGUUCCAUUCUACCUUCCCGUUUUUUGCUAAAUGGGUAUGGUUACCAUUUGUCCGAUGGUGGCAUCAAUAGAACCGGAUUACUUAUCUACUAGCUAGAUCUGUUAAUAAAGUUGCUUGGAAGAAGUUGACCGAGGCACUAAGCCAUUUGGAAAAAGAUCAUUUUGUUAUGCAGAUAGCAUACCUUCACGCGUACUGUGACAAACUUUCGUUUAACGCCCACAGCGUAUGCAAUCUGCGUAACAUAAUUACCUUCUGGCAGCUUAAUAACAACUUCUUUAGCAGCUUUUUUCUGCAGGUUGGCUUCAAACAGCUUGCAAUUAAUGUAAAAAAAGUCACAAUAAUACCACACCGAAUCAGUUACAGUGCGUAUAAAUACAAGAUUCCGUUUUCCGCAUCCAUGCAAUAACCAAUGUCUCUACAUUUUUACAAAUUCACGUAUAGUAAAUAGUAACAGUGUCCUGCAUAUAGCACAAACCCAGGAUAACAAAGCGUAAUUAAUGUAUCAAAUCCCACUUAACAUAUAAAACCGCAACGGCAGAUGACAGUUCGGUAGCUAGUAUGGUCAACAAGUGCUGGCUCAAAAGUACACGGUGAUGUUCUGAACUACAACAAUUCCGAUUAAAAGAAACUAAAGCAGAUAUAACAUAAGCAGUAUCAAAUGGUACAACUACAAUAACAAUAGAAUGGAUCCGUACAGAACUACAACCUUGCCAAUCGGUUGAGUUGGAAGAAUACAAAAAGUGCGAUCUUUGUCGGUACUUUUAAUUCUUUCAAUAACCGAAGGCACCGCAAACCACAACAAAAAAAACAAUAGUACCGACAGUUCUUACCAGUAAGCGUGCUGGAAUUCCCUCGUGGAAAAUCAUACAUCUAUGUUUUCCACGAGACAAACUACGUUUUGAGUUUGAAAAAUACAACUGUCAUGUAGAGGGAUCGAUCAAGGACCUUCAUCAGAUGAUGUUUGGAAGUUUUUCUUCAUUUUGUAUUAUUGAUAGUCUAGUCAUUACUCAUUACGGUACUAGACUGAGGUUCUAAACGAUUUUUAACAGAAAAAAUUUACGCGAAGCCAUACAAGUAUGUUCUCUGAUCGAUACGACCGACACUUGCGUAUAAUUUAAAUUAUAAUAGAAUUCAUGCUAGGAAUACAUAAAAGCACAACCAUGCUCAAUUUUACUUAGCAUGAAUUGCAUCAUCUCUUGCGUUCCUAUGUACUUGAAGACGGUAUAAUUUUAUAAAAGUAAGCAUAAGUAAAAAUCGUAUCGUAAAAAUCGUAUCAUUACGCAAAAAAUACACAAAUUUCGGCAACAUUUUGAUACACGGUUCCAACAUUAAGUCUAAUAAUGAAUAGGUAACACGGUAAUAAUUUGGUACACGUUCUGAAAGUUAUUAACAGCAAAAAACGCAAAGUAAUAAGUAAUUCACCACAAGUUCGCAAGACGUAAGCAUAUAUAUUGUGUGAACUGAUGAUAAUAUGUCUGGCACAACAGUAAAAUCGCAAACAAUCAAAGAGAAAAUCGUAACUGUAUUUAAAACAAAAAUGAUGCCAAGAAUAAAACCAAUCCGAAUGGUCCGUAAAAGACGAGAAGGGUAGGAAACAGCAGCAGUACUUUAACACACCACAAUCAAUGUUGAAAAUAAAACCAAAUGGCCAAUAAAGGUAACUGAGUAAGAUAAAGAACAGGACGCAGCAAAGAAGAUAUUUAACUAAAACGAAACUAGCAAGAUGAUGUAGACAGAUGUAUGCCAAUUUCAAACAAACCCGUAAUGCAAAAGGCAAAACAGAAAAAGUAUUCCAGAAAUGUAAGUUGUUAAACCUACACCUUUGUUAAGAUCAUAUAUGUUUGUGUGUUCGGUUUCUCACUGGGCACGAAGUUGAAAGAGUGGAAAGAGGCAGUAAAGAGAGAUAAAAGUAACGAGAAAGAAGAAGAACAGAGAGAGAGAGAGAAAGAUAGAAAAAGUGAAAGCAGAAAUUUUCAAAACAACCAACUAGCGCAUUUGGUGACCACUUUUAGAGUAUUAACGUGAGACUUGAGCAAGAAAACUAUAAAAGAAAAAAAACAUAAAAAACAAGUAACAAUCCAUGCACUAAAAACACGAUGCCCAAAAACAAACCUCGGCACCAAACCAUGGUGAGCAACCAUUUUGAAACCCUUUACGAAGGCCAGUAUAUAGCAGUAGGACAGACCACCCCACGUGGUGAAACUGAUGGAGGCGCACAUGCAAAGAUGAUUUUUUACACGAAAUAAAAUAUUUUUUUUAUUUUCAAGUGAUUUAAACCA